AUACUGGCCGAGACAGGGGAAUGGAGGCCAACGCCAAGGCACAGGGGUUGAAGGAAGGCCGGCAAGUGGCGGGGAGAUGGUCGGCAGAGCUGUCGGGGCACGUGCGGCUGUUUUGUCUGUUGUGCGGGUGCGGCGUGGUGCAGCUGGAGGGUGCGGGGCCUGACAGCCUGGCAGCGAGAGAGGUGUCGUUCUGGCUGUCAGCAAUUGUGCAGGCCACAGGAGGGCCCGCCAGCACAUCCCAGCACAGGGAGCAGCAGCAGCAGCAGCAGCAGCAGCACCACCACCACCAGGGAGAAUCUGCGAAGUCCACGCCCCAACCCACCUUCUUUCCUGGGGGCCUCGUGCCCCUGGCCCUCUCCCUCCUCGCCCUCAUCCCCCCGUCCCUCGCCUCUUCAUCCCCCCUCCACCCGCUCUACCUGCAAGCAGCGCGCGCUGUUCUCGCGCCACCUCUCUCUCUCAAGUCGUUUGUGCCGCCUCUUUCACAGCAGCAGCUGGGUAGUGAGGCGCGGAGGGGUGGCAGGGAGGAGGGAGGGGCGAGAGGAGGGUGCGAUGUGCUGGUGGUGUGGGCGCUGGUGCAGCUGAUGCUCACGAGGCAUGCGGCUCUGGCGAAGCUCAUCCAGGAAACCCUGGGCUUCCCUGUGCCGGUAUCUGCUGCCUCUCUCAACUAUCUUGCUGACCUGGCAUUAGGGGGAGGGUCAAAUGCCAGCAGAGGUAGUGCUGCUGCUGCUGCUGAUGAUAAUGCUGCUGGCACUGUUGGCAGUGCUGCUGGUGCUGCUCCUGUGUUUCUCUCUGCAGCAGGCGUGGUGCGAGCCGUCGCUGCUCUGCACCCGAGUGUGUCACAACCCCGGCCCUUGCCGCACCAAGCACCCCAUGCCGCAUCCAAGAUUGGUACCAGAGACGCACACAACCGAGCAGCCGCAGUCGGAGCCUCGUCUCUCACCACCACAGCAGCAGCAGCAGCGCAAGCAGCAGAGUGCGUGCAUCUGCUGCUAGAGGCGGGCCUCUUCACCCACCACUGCAUCAACCCCGCCCCUGCUGUCUUUCGCUGCCUCUACGCCGCCUCGCUCCCCAUCCACCCUGCCUUCCACUCCCUCCUCUCCUCCUUCGUCUCCUCCCUUGCUUCUGCAUCCCUCCCCCCUCCUCCACCCAACCCUUCUCGUCCUCCCGUCUCUCAUCCCUCCUCCGCCCACCCCCCAGCACACCCCCCCUACUCUCUCCCCUCCUCCCAUCCUUCCCCGUCUCGUGCAUCCCCCUCUCACAACCCCCGGUCCCACCCCUCCCCUUCCCGCAUCUCCCCCUCUCACCCCUCCUCCUCUCACCCAUCCCCCUCGCACCCCUCUCGCUCCCCUCUCCGCCCCACUUCCUCCCCCACCAUCCCCACCACCACCGCUACCCUCUCUCCCCCCACACCCCCUCCCUCUCCCCCUAUCCAACCCCUCUCCCGCUCCGCCCUCCUUCGCCUCAUCUGGCCCUCGUGCCUGCUCGCCACCUCUGGCAUCCCUCCUGCCGCGCUUCUCUCUCCCCUCCGCUCCCCCCAGCCUCCACCCCCUCUGAAAUGUGUCGAUCCCGGACUGGGCUCAAGCGGUGGGGUGGUGGGUAGGAGCGCCAGCACCAGUGGGGUGGGCUUGAGGGACUUGUGGUUGGAAGAGAUGGAGAGGGUGUUGGCACGAGGGGCGCUCGGGUCUCUCUAUGUGCUGAUGUGGGAGCAGGAGAUGCGGGGGAAGAGAGGGGCGUGGGGGGUGCAGGGGAAGAGGCGGACACAGGAGUUGAGGUCCAAGAGAGGGCCGCAGGGCAUGCAGGGGAAGAAGGGGGCUGGUGCUGGUGACGCUGUGCUGCCAGAAACGGGCGAGGAGUGGGAGGAGGAAGAGGGCGAGGAGGAGGAGGGAGAAGUGGGAGAGGAGGAAGAGGGGGGAGCAGAUGCAAUGGAGGAAGGAGACCUGGAGGAGACAGGCGAGACAAAAGGAGAGAGAAGACGUGGGAGUGGCCUGAAUGGGAGUGCAGGGAGCAGAGGGAUGCAUGCAUGCCGUGCCACGGCCACUCGUGCUCUGGUCAUUCGUGCCCUUCCAGUGUUGCAGUGGUGGCAGCUGCUGCUGCACGCCGUGCCUUGGCCCACCCUGCUAGCGGCUAUGGAAGAGAGAUACCUUGACUUUGCUCCUCUCAUGCCCACUUGGCAGUCUCUGGCAUUUUCUCUGCUGCCCGAGUUUCCUGGGCAGCCACCGCAGCUACCUCUACCAAAGAAUCUGGACGCCUUCAACUCACUGUCGUCCCACAUGAGGCCUCCUCACCCCGCUCCUCCUCCCUCCCUCUCGCUCACACUCCCCAAGGCCCUCUUCACCUUCCCUCACCUCACCCUCCUCCUCCCUCCCUCCCAUCCCGCCACGUCUCCCCUCUCACCUGCCGUCUCAGCAUGCAAAACAACAGCAGACGGCAGCCUGCCACGUCAGCACCCACUAGGCGUCCUCUACACCCUCCUACAAGCCCUCUUUGCUCCUGUCACCCCCGCCACUCACCUCAAAUCUGUCUCACCGCAUGGGUCAUCUCCUCCAGUGGAGUCAACUCAUCCUCAUCACGUGCUGGCAGCUCUCGAGUGGAGUCUGACUUAUGGCGCCCACCUCGCACACUCUACCCUCCUCGCUCACCAGCAGCAGCAGCAGCAGUUUUGCACUCUCAUCUGUGCACUUCUGGAUUCCUGGCAGUUCCCCCUCUCCCUCUCGCUCUCCCUCUCUGCCUCUCUCUCUGCUGCUGACGGCAACCCAACAACCCGAGCUUCAUUGAGUGAUGCGGGCUUCGACCUCGGGGAUUGGGCGACAGAGCUUAUCAUUAUCAACAGCCUGCUUCCGGUCCUCUUACAGUCACACUCCGUACAGUCACAGUCCCUGUCACUGCACUCAAGCCUCGACCUGAGAGCUAUCCAGGUGUCAUUCUCCCGUUGGUGGGGCCGACUCCCCCCAAUCGGGUAUCUGGCCCUCAUGCCUGCUGUGGUAGAAGCAAUUCAAGCUCAAAACUUCCCUCCUCCCUCCUCUCCAUCCCCCUUCCCCCUCUCACCCUCACCCCCCCUCCCUCUCUCGUCUCACUUCACACCACCUUUACCCUCUUCUCCGUUACUUCCUCUCUCCGCACCUCCUCCCCUCCCCGUGCGUCCCCCGCACCCCUUAGAAGCCCUCACUCGCCCCCUCCGCCUCCUCUCCUCCCAUCCCCACCUCUUCCGCUCCCCUCCUCUCCUCUCUGGCCUCCUCCUGCCAAUCCUGUCCCGCCAGCUGGACGACUUCUGCAGGGCGUGCGUUGCUGAGCUGGCAGAGGGAGGAGGGGAAGUGGGAGGAGGUACUCGUGGCGAUGGUGGGAAUAGUGCCAACGGUGCAAACAGUGCGAAUGGUGCGGCUCCGGCUAGUGGCGCUACUAGAGGGGGAGUGGGAAUAGCGGAGAAAGGGGAUAAGGGAGUGGGGAGUGCAGGGAGGGGGGCAAGGGCAGGGCAAGAGGAGGAAGGCAGAGGCAUCAACCAGAGUGGCCCUGGCGUGGGUGUCGGUUCGGGUUUGGGGCUGAGCAGAGGCGUGGUGGCAAAGCUGGGCAAGCGGGUGAGUGGGGAGGAGGUGGAGAACGGGGUGCUGGCCAUGCUGGGCGUGGUGGCGCAGAUGGUGCUGGAGGCGUGCGAGGAGAUGCAGGAGGAGGGCGAGGAGGAGAGGCAGCGGCAGGAGGAGGUCACUGAGAGCUUGGAAGAGGCAGAGGGGGAGGAGGACGCGAGAGAGAGUGAGGAGGAGGAGGAGGAGGAGGAGGAGGAGCAGGGGGGGGUACGGAGGCAGGAGCAGCACUUUCAGGAGCAGCAAGUGAAGGAGCAGCGGUGGCAGGGUGUGCAGAGGUGCAGCGACCUAUCUGCUUGUCAGUCGUUGCUCUUCGCCUUCCUUGAUGACCUCAUCGCCCACCAUCCCAGGCUGCUGCGCCUCCUCACCUUCCAGGGCUUCUCCCUCUCAUGUGUACCUCCCCUGGUUGCAGCCUCCCCCGCGACCCGCGCUCUCCUCCCUGCGCUCGUGCGGGAGCUGCUGCAGCAGCCAGUCAUGAGCCGCCAGCUCAUGGGCGUGAGCCUGGUGGGCGAGUAUGCUGCAUGCUGCGGCGACGCUCCCGAUGCUCUGCCCCUGACCUCCCAUGUGCUUCACCUUCUCUCUCACACUCUCACCCACACUGCAGCUUCCACCGACUUCCUCUCAGCCGCCCUCCCCUCUGCCGUCAAGUGUGCCGCCGCCCUCCCUUCCCUCACCCCCGCUACAGUCACCCUCCUGCGUGACUGCAUGAGGGUAGCAGGGCCGCUGGGCCCCCAUCUGCCACCUCAAAUCCCCACUCUCUUUGCAGCAGCAGAGGCGGCUUGGGAGGUAAUGCUUAGGCGGCUGUCUGGGCCGUGCAGCAUUCUCCUUCCUUCCAUGGCCUAGUGCAAGGCUGCAGCCCAUGGUGCGGUGACAUGACAAUACGAGUUUUAGCCACUCAAAAAACUUGGGGUGGAUGGGGUGUGCUGCUGAGGCAGUGAUCCCAUACUUGCGGCAUUCCCUCCCCUUCUUCCGAUAGCGUAGCGCCAGUGCAGUGCACACCCAUUCCAGUAUGGCAGCACUCGUGGAAUUCCUACUUGUACACAGCUGGUUUGAAGCACCUGCACCCAUCUUGAUGUGUGUGUUAACACGGCUGGUUCGAAUUCGGGUGUA